AUGGGAAAUUGUCAAGCAAUUGAUGCAGCAACUUUGGUUAUACAACAUCCAAGUGGGAAAGAAGAGAAAUUUUAUUGGUCUGUGAGUGCAAGUGAGAUCAUGAAGGCCAAUCCUGGCCACUAUGUUGCUCUGCUCAUCUCCACCACCUUGUGCUCCUCCAAUCCCAACAACAAUGGCGAUCAAAAAGACAAGAAUUUGAACCAGAAAGACAACAACAACAACAGCACUUCAGUUCGCUUGACACGCAUAAAGCUUCUCAGGCCAACUGAUACUCUUGUUCUUGGCCAAGUUUACAGGCUCAUCACUACUCAAGAGGUGAUGAAGGGUUUGUGGGCAAAGAAGCAAGCAAAGGUGAAGAGAAGCCACUCAAACCAGGUAGAAGCAGAGCAGACACAGGAGAGGGUGAGAGAGAAGCCAGUACUGACAGCAACCAGAAGAUCUGAGGCUUCUGAGCUGGAGAAGGACAACCAGGUGGGUAAACAUGAGAGAGGGCACCGACCAAGAACAGCAGCAACAUCAUCAACUCAUCAGUCUGCCAGUACUGCCAGGUCAAGAACAUGGCAGCCCUCAUUACACAGCAUCUCAGAGGCCACAGGCUGA